UAAGCGUCGGUAUAGUGCGCACACCCCGAAUAUCAGUUUAGUAUGGUUAAUACAAUCAUGCUGUAGAGUAAAUGUUUUAUUCGAAAGUUCCUUUAAUAUAUUAAAAAGUAUAAUUAUGAAAUUAGGGACGCAUCAGAAAAUAUUUAUUGGAUGGUAGGGCUAUAGUCAUUUCUUUUGGAAUAUAUAGCUUUAGCUUAUCAAGAAAAUACAUAGAUAAUAAAAGGUACGAGAUUAUGAAAAUAAGACAGCGUAUGCGGCAAUUGGAUAUUGAAGACAAAUAAUCACUUAAAAUACUUAAUAUCAAAUUUAUUCGAAUCGAGUAAAACAAAAAUGGCAGCUCUACCGCAAUUAGAUGAGGAAAAAAUCAAAAUGGUCCAAGAUUUGGAAUUAGAAAUGAUGUCCGAUAUGUAUAAUCGUAUGACUUCGGCGUGUCAUCGAAAAUGUAUUCCACCAAAAUAUACCGAACCGGAAUUAGGAAAAGGAGAAUCAAUAUGUUUAGAUCGUUGUGUAGCUAAAUAUUUAGAUGUACAUGAACGUAUAGGAAAAAAACUUACACAAAUUUCCAUGCAAGAAGAUAAUUUUAUGAAAAAUAAAGUAGACGAGCAACCAAAGACAAGUUAAAUUAUCCAUCAUGUAUUUUUUGCUGAAUGAUGAUGGUGCUACAAUUGUUUAAAUCAUUUCUUACUGACUUUAUAACUUAUUCAGAUAGAAGCAAGCAGUGAGUUGUCAUACUGUAACAUUAUCGUUGCAAAGCAUUAAAUUAUUGUAGUUCAUGCGUAUUAAUACAAUGGCAAAUAAAGUACAACUUUGUAUUUAAUUACCAAAUUGUUAAUAAAGUUAUACUUUAGAAAUAU